UAAUCACAUCAAGCCGAAUUUACUAGAAAACACCAAGGAAAAAAAAAUCGAAGAUGUCACUCUUUCACCAAAUUUGUCGCCUCGGGGUAACCGGUGCCAGAGCUACCCGAUUUUGCUCUGGGUCUUUUUCAACGGUAUGCUGUCGUGCAACUGUGCCGAAACCACUGGCGUCGCAACUGUUGCCGCCCUAUGCUGCUGCUGCUGAACUUGGACCACGGGCAUGGUCCUGCAACCAAAGACAAUUAUCCACAAGUUGCCAGCUGAAUGUGGCUAUUCAGGAGCCAGCCCCUGAUUUUGAAGGUACAGCAGUGAUAGACGGUCAGUUCAAAGAGAUCAAACUCUCAGACUACAAGGGCAAAUACCUGGUUCUCUUCUUCUACCCUUUAGAUUUUACUUUUGUAUGUCCAACUGAAAUCAUUGCCUUCAGUGAUCGAGCAGAUGAAUUUGGAGCCAUUAACACCGAAGUGGUAGCAGCAUCGAUCGAUUCACAUUUCUCACACUUGGCCUGGAUCAACACACCUAGAAAGCAAGGAGGUCUCGGCCCAAUGAAGAUCCCUCUACUGUCUGAUAUGAAGAAACAGAUUGCUGAAGAUUAUGGGGUUCUACUGAAGGAUGCCGGUGUUGCAUUGAGAGGGUUAUUCCUGAUAGACCCAGAGGGUGUGGUACGUCACAUGAGCAUCAAUGACCUUCCUGUUGGACGUUCAGUGGACGAGACUCUUCGAUUGGUCAAGGCCUUCCAGUUUGUUGCUGAGCACGGAGAGGUUUGUCCUGCCGGCUGGACACCAGACUCUGAGACCAUCAAGCCAGAUCCAGAGGGUUCAAAGACAUACUUUGAAAAAGUGAAUUAAUCCUGUCCACCCUGACCACCCUGUCGUACCGACCCUACAUGUUCUGUCAGUGUUUGCCUUAUUUCUUUUCAAUCCAAGGAAAACAAAUCUCAGACAAUUUCAAAAACAUUUAUCAUGUAUGCAUCAGAUGCCAUCGUAAAUUGAGGAAGUGAAAUAUUCCUGUCAACACUCUAAAUCUUAUUCAUGCCAAUCCUGAAUUACUCUCAGAUAUUUUCACUAACAAUUUUGAUGUGUGCUGUAAUUAUGUUCAUUAGGUCAAGCCAUUGUAAACUAUUUUAUACCCGAUGACCGCCUCAUUAAUUUAUUCAUGUGAACUUGUAUUAUUUCUCUGUAAUUUUAUCCUUUGUUCACCCUGUACAAAAAAGACGUUGAUUUUUUUAUCCACUUUUAAGAUUUCACGUUUCCAAAAUGUCGAAACUCAUAUUUUAUAUGACUGAAAAAAUUGAGUUCAAAUUAAGUUGAUGCUAAAGUCAAUAUUUGGACAUCAACAAUGCAUUGUAUUUUUACUGACCAGUCAUUUGCCAUAAUGAGUGGAUCAAUUUUUUAAAAUCACGGGUACUUGUUCUUCUAUUUUGUGUAGUGUGUCAUUGAACACAUGUUGAUUGUGAAAAAAAUAAUCAACUUCCAAAUGAGAUUUGAAUGUGAUGUAAUCCAACAUGAUUUUAUCUUUAAACGUACAUAUAAAGUACAUGCAUUACAUUGACUCAGAAAUAUGAGGAUCAUACAGUAUUUUUAGAGACAAAGGCUCAAGUAUUCAAGAAAAAUAUUCUGGUUCAUUCAUUGUUGACAUACCUGUCUGUUGAUUCAUUGUCUUUUGUGUGUGAUUAAAGCAACUGUUAAUAAAAAGUGCUUAGAGACAUCUAUAUAAGAUGUAUUAGGCUCUGUAUAAAUUCAGAAUAAUAUAAUUGUUGUUAUUGCUAUUGUUAAUUGACGAAAAUUGUAUUCAGUAUUACAUUCAGUGUGUACCCUUGCCUACCCUUACAGUCCUCCCAACUGUCUUGCGGUACUUGUCUUUAAAAGAGAUAAAUGCAAUCAAAGUUUUGUUUAUCACCGUGAGAGAAAUCAUUUGAAUGCAGAUUAUUGUUGAUUGGCAAAAUUGCAUUCAGUACAUGUAUUACAUUCAAUGUGUACUCUUGCCUACCAUUCAAGUUCUCCCAAUUGUUUGCAGUAAUAUUCUUUAAAAGAGAUUAAUAUAAUAAAAUUUUAUUACUGUGAGAGAAUCACUUGAAUGCAAAUUAUUCUUAUUCAUAUCACGAUAAAAGCGAUAUAUAGGCAAUAUCUGUCCAUGUGAAUAUGAAAAAUAUACAUUUUGAUUGUUUUAUAUAGAAGUAUCAUUGAUAAAUGUAGGGAACUGGAAUGAUUCGACAUAAUCCUUGGCUUGUCAAAUUCAGAUAUAAAUUCAUCUAUUAAAAGACUAUUACUUUGUGUUCUUUGUGGUAAUAUGAUAAAGUUACCAAGUAACAUAUUGGAUUGAAUAAAUAUAUUAGUUGCUGCUCUUGAACUGGCAUACAUUUCAUUUUUCUGUUUUGAUUAAUCAUUGAUGUUGGGCAUUAUUCUGACUGAAAUUGUUCUCAAACAAGGCAUUAUCACCCUUUGGUCAAUGUCUUAUGAUUAUUUGCAAUGGGCAAAUAUGAAAUAGAAGUGGCAGUCAAGUUUUCUUUUUUUCUUUUUCCUUUUUCGAACCAAUUAUUUAUUGAUCUCUGUCCCUCAUUAUUGUACCCAAGAAAAUGAUCAAUAAAAAACUAGAGUGCUGAUUGAA